GCCCUCGUUUGACGGGCAUGUGGUGCUGAUGCUGUCACAAUGGGAGUCUUCCAGAUACGCAUCAUCUGGACCGAGCGCGUUUAAAACACAGCGGCAGCACGCGCGCACGCACGCGCCCCAAACUCACUUGUGAGGGCACACGAGGAGGAACCCCCAGCCGCUGCCGCUCCGCGUGACGUGCAGCGAUGGGAGCAUUCAGCCGACAGAAGUUUUUCCAAGAGCUCACUCAUGGAUGCCUGCUGCCUACAGCUCAGCAGGGCCUGGAGCAGGUAUGGCAGCUGUUGGUCAUCUGCCUGCUGUGUCGGCUUCUCUGGAUGUUGGGCCUGCCUUCUUUUGUGAAACACCUGUGCACCGUGGCAGGCGGUUUCUACACUCUUUACCUGUUCUUUGAGCUUCACAUGAUCUGGGUGGUCCUCCUCAGCCUUCUCUGCUACCUCUUCCUCUUCCUGUGUCGCCACUCUACCAUCCGAGGCACCUUCCUCUCCAUCACCGUGCUCAUCUACCUGCUGCUGGGAGAGCUGCACAUGAUGGACACCACCAACUGGCACAAGAUGAGAGGUUCCCAGAUGGUGGUCGCCAUGAAAGCCAUCUCGCUGGCCUUCGAUCUGGACAGAGGUGUGGUGGCCAGCGUGCCGUCGCCCGUGGAGUUCAUGGGCUAUAUUUACUUUGUGGGCACCGUCAUCUUUGGACCCUGGAUCAGCUUCAACAGCUACAAAGAAGCUUUGGAAGGACGUAAGCUGAGCCUUUCAUGGCUGUUAAAAGUGUCUGUCAGCUGGGUGAAGAGCCAGGUGUGCCUUGUUAUUUCCAACUGCGUGGCACCAUACCUCUUCCCUUAUUUCAUACCGGUCUAUGGAGACAAGCUACUGCGAGGCAAAAAGAGGAGGAAGAUCAGAGGUACACCAGCAAAGUGGUUGUUGGCGUAUGAGAACACAAUGUCUUUCCACUUCAGCAACUACUUUGUGGGUUAUCUGGGCGAGACCACCAGCACUCUGGCUGGGGCGGGCUUCACAGAAGAGAAAGACAACCUCAAAUGGGAUAUGACUGUAUCCCAGCCGCUGAAUAUAGAAUUCCCCCGGUCCAUGGUGGAGGUGGUGACAUCGUGGAAUCUGCCCAUGUCUCGCUUUCUGCACACCUAUGUUUUUAAGAGUGCUCUCAAAUUUGGGACGUUCUCUGCCAUUAUGGUGACGUAUACAGCCAGCGCCCUUCUGCAUGGUUUGAGCUUCCAUCUGGGUGCAGUACUCAUAUCUCUGGGGUUCAUCACGUACAUUGAGCACGUGUUGCGCAAGAGGCUUGCAGACGUUUUUAACGCCUGCAUACUGUCAAAGAAAUGCCAGCCGAAUUGCCCUCACCGCAACAAAAAGAAGCUCUGGGUGUAUGUGAUUAACGUGGCAUUCAGCGCUUUGGCCAUCCUCCACCUGACGUACCUGGGCUCCGUGUUCAACUCCAGCGUGGACUACAUGGAGGAGGAGGAGGAGGAUGAUGUAACCCAUCACACCAUUCAGAAGUGGUCAGAGCUGAGCUGGACAAGCCACUGGGUCACAUUUGGAUGCUGGACGUUGUACCGCCUCAUCCUCUAACGACCAAGAGACGGACAAAGUGAAGCAAUAACGGGAGCGACGUACGGUUUUCGGUUCUCCACCUCUGCACUGGGGCUUUAUUCGGACCGGGGACACGGACAAUGAACCAACACGCGUGGCCGGGUAAUCUAUGAGUCUAACCUGCUAGGGGACUGGUUUUGGUGCUCCAUCAAAUGACAGCCCACACUCCCUCCCCCUUUUCUCCGUGUAGCGACCUUUUUUCCCUUCGUAUCUGAGUUACAGAGGUCUCGCUGUGAGUCGCGAUCGAUGCUUAUCAGCGAGCUGGAGAUCGACAGCUCCUCUCUGCGGAUACGUGAUAGAGCUCGUUAUCCAGGUUCCAGCUUGGCGGGCAGAUGUCCUCCAGAUGUUGUUUCUCCCUCACCUCGAGUGUUUUACAAUCGUGUUUAUAGUUUUUAAGACGAGGCUGGUGGAUUUCUACGUAUUCUUAAUUUUUCCCAUAAAUCCCAUGAAAAGGAAAAGUGAACAUUUGAUGGGGCUCUCGGGACUAAAAAAAAAGGAUGAAUGGUUUUCUAAAAAACCCGAGCACUGUAGUUUCUCGACUAAGAGUAAGUAAUACAUUACUUUAAUUAAUUAGACCUGCACUACUGGGUGCAGCAGCAGGACAACGACGCAGCCCAGUGUGGACGCAGAAGAAGGAAGCCACAUAAGCUACAGAAACAACACCUACUAUAUUCAUUCAUUUAGUGUUUUCAUGGGAUUUGCUGGAAUUAAGAAACAUGUAGAAUCCUCCACAUGCUUUGCCAGAGGUUGUGUUGUGCAUGCGUAAGUUAUCAAAGACGUUCUUUUGGGGGGGGGGGGGGGGAUGAGAGCACAGCUGAUGGUUAUGAGGCAGCACUUGCAAUGUAAAAUGAUUUUCCCUUUUGUGAAUUCUAGAUAAAUUAAUCAGUAAUCUAUGAAUAAUUUUCGUGGUGAAAUUUGCUAAUGGUGUUUGUAUUUUGUUUUGUGUAUUUACGACAAUUUCAUGAUUUGUCUUUGCUUAGAGAACUCUUUCCCUCCCCGGUAUUGAGAAUAAAGGUUUAGAAUCAGGGUAUUUCACACUUGUUACUAUCAGGGGGGGAAUUGUUUAAACUUAUUUUCUAAUUUUGUAGUGGAUGAAAUGAUACAGAAACAUAUAUUAACCCUUAAGGACAGAUUUUUACCACACGUCUACAUCUUCCUAAAAACUGGGACGUCAAAGGGAUUUGCUUCAUGACAAAGAUGUAGUUUUAGACGAGAGCCGGAAUGUUUGCUCAUUUCCGAGGACCAGUGCUCCGUCUCUUCAGAACUAAAACCAGUCAAUCCGACGAGCACAGUACAUCAACACCAUUCUGAAAUGUACUCUAAGACGGCUUUUCUCCCUGUUAAUGUGAAGGCACUGAUACAUCUGUGAUAUUUUUAUAAAAUUUUACAUCAAACCUG